AUGGAGGAAGAGCCUACAGAGGCACCACUUUACAUCCAUAUCGAGACUAAUGUUUUUUCAUACAGAAGGCACAAGCGGCAGAAGGAGGAGGACAUAGCUGUAUGCGAGUGCCAGUAUGAUUUGAUGGAUCCAGAUAGUGCAUGUGGAGAGAGGUGCUGGAAUGUCUCGACUAACACAGAGUGCACUCCUGGCUAUUGCCGCUGUGGUGUAUAUUGCAAGAACCAGUGUUGCAAUACGGUGAAUCUUUUAUCUGCCGCAUCAUCUCCUACUGAUGCAUAUCAUGGCAAUGCUGUAUACGAACAAGUGCGAUUUCAGAAAAGUCAAUAUGCUAGGACAAGGCUGGUAAAAACUGAAGGGCGUGGAUGGGGUCUUUUGGCUGAUGAAAAUAUUACAGCUGGACAAUUUGUUAUUGAAUAUUGUGGAGAAGUAAUAUCAUGGAAGGAAGCCAAGCGGAGAUCUCAAGCAUAUGAAGACCAGGGUUUAACGGAGUCUUAUAUUAUUUACCUCAAUGCUGAUGAGUCUAUUGAUGCAACAAAGAAAGGGAGUCUGGCCAGAUUUAUCAACCAUUCGUGCCAGCCGAACUGUGAAACAAGAAAAUGGACUGUCCUCGGGGAAGUGAGAGUUGGCAUUUUUGCAAAGCAAGAUAUUCCUAUUGGAACGGAAUUAUCCUAUGACUAUAAUUUUGAGUGGUUUGGUGGUGUGAUGGUGCGGUGCCUCUGUGGAGCUACCGGAUGUUCAGGGUUUCUUGGGGCAAAAUCACGUGGUUUCCAGGAGGCCACAUACCUGUGGGAAGAUGAUGAUGACAGGUUUUCUGUUGAAAAUAUCCCUCUUUAUGACUCUACCGAUGACGAACAUACAAGCAUUCCGAAGGACACCAUUCUAGCAAAAGAUGAGCCAGUCACCCAAGAAAAUAACAGCAAUGUAGCGCAUACCACUGAGAAUCCUGAGAUUGCAAGCUCAAAUGAAUUCACGCCAUUGAGUGUUGAACCAUUGAUGGCAAGCUCAGAUGAACUCACACCAAUGACUAUUGAACCACUGAUAGCUGUUCCAGUGGGAGUUGAUAUUAUGGAGAAUGGAUUGACCGAAUAUGGUGCACAAUAUUCUGAUGACACUACACAAAAUUCAAUGCAUAAAGUUGCGAGGCUUGAGAAUCAAAGUUCUCCCCAGAACAACAACCAUCAUACCGAAUUGGUCCUGGUGAGACCCACACCCAAAUUUCGUGGUGGCAAAGCUAAACGUGGUCUGUGCAAGCAAUUGAAUGUUGCAGAUAUUUGUGACCGGUUAGCAUCAGCUGCGGCACGCCAGGAAAUAUUGUUCUGUGAGGAAGUGAAGAAGCAGGCGACUGCCGAAAUCGAUGCCCUGUACGACGAGAUAAGGCCAGCGAUUGAAGAACAUGAGAGGGACAGCCAAGACAAUGUAUCAACAAGCCUUGCAGAGCAGUGGAUCGAGGCCAGCUGCUGCAAGUACAAAGCUGAGUUUGAUCUAUCUGCUGCGAUUAUCAAGAACUUGGCUUCAACGCCUCUGAGAGCAAAAGAAGAUGUGAACCCUAGAGAACAAAAUGGAGUGUUAUACCUGCAAAACGGUCCAUGA